AUGGGUUCUAUUUCACAGCACCUAGCUGAGCUCGACGCCUCAAAUUUCAAGGUCACCCGGACUACCAAUUUCCGUGAUGUGCCUCUCCCCGGGUCCCCCGAGGAACUGGGCCAUUCCCACUGCACUGACCACAUGGUCACUGUCCGCUGGACCGAUGUCAAUGGCUGGGAAACACCUGAGAUCAAACCAUACCAGAAUCUCAGCAUACCACCCACAGCCUCAUGCCUGCACUACGCUACGGAAUGUUUCGAGGGAAUGAAAGUAUACCGUGGUUACGACGGGAAGCUUCGUCUCUUCCGUCCAGACUGCAACGGUGAGCGUCUGAGCAACAGUUCCCAGCGCUCCUCGAUGCCAGGAUUCAAGCACGAGGAGCUAAAGAAGCUAGUUGGCAAGCUGCUUCAAAUUGACGGUCCCCGCUGGCUACCUAAGAGCCGCCCCGGCUCAUUCCUAUACAUCCGCCCAACCAUCAUCGGCAGCGGACCCCAUCUAGGAGUCCAAGUCCCCAAAGAAGCAACCCUAUUCAUCAUCGCUGUCCUCUGGCCAGACUUCACAAACACAACAAAAGAAGGCGAAACAUCUCCUUCCAAGGGCCUGAAGCUCUUCGCCUCCACACCGGAUACCAUCCGUGCCUGGCCUGGCGGCUUCGGCUACGCCAAGCUAGGCGCAAACUACGGGCCCUCGCUCCAAGCACACGGAAAAGCAAAAGCACAGGGCUUCGAUCAGAUUCUCUGGCUAUUCGGUGAAGAUCGCCAGGUGACUGAGGCGGGUGCUAGUAACUUUUUCGUUGUGUGGAAGAAUGCGCAGACAGGGAAGUUAGAACUUGUUACUGCUCCUUUGGGUAAUCAGCUUAUUCUGCCUGGUGUGACUAGGCGGAGUGUUUUGGAGUUAGUCUCAGAGAAGCUUUCUAAGGGGGCCGCUGGGUCUUUGGAGCCGCUAGAGGUUGUUGAGAGGACGUUUACUAUUGAGGAGAUUGAGAGGGCUUCGAAGGAGGGACGUCUUGUUGAGUCGUUUGUGUCGGGUACUGCUUAUUUCAUUACUCCUGUUGCGAUGAUUCGGGAGAAUGAUAAUGAUAUCAGUACUUUGGGUCCUGAUGGUGAGCCUGCCGGUUAUGCUGCUUUGAUCAAGUCUUGGUUGGGGCAGAUUAUGUAUGGCAAGGAAGAGCAUGAGUGGGCCUAUGUCAUUGAGAACGAGGAGAACUAG